UUUGUGAGAAGCAGCAGGCCGACCUGGUCUUCCUGCUCGAUCAGUCCAGCAGCAUCAACCAGGACGACUACACCAUCAUGAAGAAGUUCACCACAGAUCUAGUGAACAGCUUCAAAGUGAGUGAGGAACUAGUGCGUGUCGGGCUCGCUCAGUUCAGCAGUGAUGAUGUAAACCAUGAGUUUGACCUCAACCAGUUCAACAGCCAGGAAGCGGUGAACAAGCACAUCUUGAGCAUGACGCAGAGAGGUGGAAGCACAUAUAUCGGACUGGCCCUGGACUCCAUCAGGGGUUAUUUCGAGGCGUCACGUGGCAGCCGAAGAUCUGCCGGGAUCUCCCAGAAUCUGGUGCUGAUCACAGACGGGAAAUCUCAGGACGACGUUGAGGAUGCCGCCGAUCAUCUCCGAGCUCUGGGCAUCGAGGUGUUCGCCAUCGGCAUUGAAGACGUCCACGAUCUGGAGCUCCUGCAGAUCACGGGAACACCGGAGAGGGUGUUCACCGUGAACAACUUCGGCAGCUUGGAUGAAGUCAAGCAAAAGGUGUUUGAGGCAAUCUGCAAAUCUAAACUCCAUAUUCAUGAUAAACUGCUUCAGCCCAACAUC